ACGUCACGUCAGUGUGUGACAAGCAUGAGUCGCACGACACUCAGUGCCAAGUUAUUGGGUCAGAUCAGUGUAUUUGGAAGGAAUCCGCCGUCUCGCGCAUCGUGUGUGAGGAAUCUCUGCAGGAAAUCGUCGAGUGAGCGAAGAAACAUGGACCUAAGUGACAUGAGGAAGAAUUACAAGGGAGACGGGGAGUGCUUUGAGGAGAGUCAGCUGGUCUCUCUUGACCCGAUCCAACAGUUCGGCCACUGGUUCGAUGAGGCCACAAAGUGCCCCGGGGUCGGGGAGGCCAACGCUAUGUGCAUCUCCACGGCCACCAAAGACGGGCGCCCGUCGGCCCGCAUGGUCCUCCUGAAAGGAUUCAGCACCGAGGGCUUCCGCUUCUUCUCCAACUACGAGAGCAGGAAGGGCUCAGAGCUGGAGAGCAAUCCGUACGCGUGUCUGGUCUUCUACUGGGAACCACUCAACAGACAGAUUCGCAUCGAAGGCGUUGUGGAGCGAAUCCCCUUCCAGAGCUCCAGUGACUACUUCCACUCCCGACCCAAGAGCAGCCAGAUCGGCGCCGUCGUGAGCCGACAAAGCACUCCGGUUCCCGACAGAAACUAUCUACGGCAGAAAAAUGCAGAACUGGAGGAAAAGUACAAAGACACAGAUGUGCCCAUGCCUGACUACUGGGGCGGCUACAUCGUCAAGCCUUCCCUAAUGGAGUUCUGGCAGGGUCAGACCAACCGGCUCCACGACCGCAUCGUCUUCACCAGGUCGAGUGACGGGGCGUCCAAGCCGGGGGAGUUCCUGCACCCUGCUGAAGGAGGCUGGUCGUACCAGCGACUGUCCCCAUGAGGAGAACGCCCUGUCCCGGAGGAGGAGUACAGAAACUAAAACCGUCUUUACCUCGCUGGGAGUAAGCGCUCAUCUUUUAGGGACUGUGUUUAAUUAAAUAGGUGGCGCCGUGCGUCUAGGAUUCGUCAACAUGCCGAACAUCACCUCACCGCAUCGUCUUUUUGUUCUCGGUGCCAGUUCGCGUUAUUUUGGUAGUUACUAUGGUGACGAAGGUGUACACACAACCUGCUGAUGGCGACUGUACAGAGAGAGAGAGCAAACUCCACCUGGUUCUGUCAAGUAAUGAUUGACAGUGUUGUUGGUUAACAUUUAGGCCUCGUGUCUCAUUUAAAAAGCACAAUCUUGUCUUCACUUCCGCCAUUCAUGUCUAAAAAGACAGUUUACUAGAACUAUAGUUUGUAAUGCACUAAUGCAAUGAAGUCAUCUUUUUUGUGUUUAUAAGCAUAUAUAUAUAUAUAUAGAGUUUAUUUUUCUUGUUGAAAUAAAUGGAUAAAUAAUUAAAGUGUAAUGUUUGAAAGUGUAUUGAACAACCGUCUCCAUUUUCCUCAAAAUUAUUCCUGGUUACAUACCAGGAACCUUCUUUUGAAUUGUCCGGCAUCGAUCAGUGUCUUUUCUAGGAAAUUAGAGGGAACUAUGGGACCCAUAAAAUGUAGUGUUCCUAAAUAAAUAACUAUAAUUAAUCAUAGAUUGAAGGUAAAAAAUCUUAAAUCAAGACCUGUGGUCUAACUGCCUUUAACUAUGAGAUUAAAAGAGCUGAUAGUUUGAAUUGUGCCAAUAUUGGGUGUGUGUCUUGUACUGUUUGAGAAGGUUAUUAUUGUUUCAUGUGUUUGCUUUAUUUAAAUGUGAAAUAGAGCUCGUAAUAAAGUUUAAUUUGUAA